AUGGGGUUUGCACAGCGCCUGUAUAAACGCCUACCUGCACUUUACACGUCGCCUACAGUAGACGACUACAAGCAUGAAAAGCCCAAGACGCUUUCGAGAUUAUCCUUUUUCCGCAGGCGCAUCCGGCUAAAAGGCAACUCGUCUAUAUCGAUUCCAUUGGGCUUCUUACUCCUUUUUCCCAGCUUGGUUGUCUUAAUCAUCCUCAUUCUUGUCAUAAAACAUCCUAACUCUCCGGGACGAAUAUUGGUCCCGGCUGGCACGCCUCCUUCAAUACGCAGAAAAAUAAGCGAAAAGCACGAUCGAGUAUUUGCGACGGGAUGCCUGAACCCCGAAGACGCCGCGAAACAACCACGAGCCAACGCGGCUUUUGUUGUCCUUGCCCGGAAUAAGGAGCUGGAAGGAGUCAUUCAAUCAAUCAAAAGCAUGGAAAGACAUUUCAACCGAUGGUUCCAUUAUCCUUACGUUUUUCUCAAUGAUGGAGAAUUUGAACAGGAAUUCAAAGACACUGUCACCAACUACACAAGCUCCCCUGUGGAAUUCGGCAAGAUUGAUCCUUCGAUGUGGGGAUAUCCGGACUGGGUAGAUCAUGAAGUUGCAAAAGAGGGAAUUCGCAAACAAGGAGACCUCGCAAUCAUGUAUGGUGGCAUGGAGAGCUACCAUCACAUGUGUCGCUUCUACUCGGGAUUCUUCUACAAACACGAGCUGUUGGACAAGUACGAAUGGUACUGGCGGCUGGAACCCGAAAUCAAAUACUUCUGCGAUAUCACCUACGAUCCUUUCAUUGAGAUGGCCAAGGCCAACAAAACCUAUGGUUUCACCAUCGCCGUCAAGGAACUGAAGGAAACUGUACCUAAUAUCUUUCGCUAUGCCUCAGCUUACAAGCGCAAACACAACAUCAAGUCUCAGGGUCUCUGGGAGAUGUUUAUCGAGCCCCAGCCUGAAAAGGAAGCUUCUGCGGACGACAGAAGAGCCAAGACACUGCCGAACGAGAUCCUCCAGACCGAACCUGGCCAUCAAAACAUCGAGGACAUCGACGGCGAAGCAAUGGAGGGCGAGAAAUAUAACAUGUGCCACUUCUGGAGCAAUUUCGAGAUUGCACGCUUGGACUGGUUCAGAAGCAAAGAGUACAAUGACUUUUUUGAGAUGAUGGACCGGAGCGGAGGAUUCUGGAUGGAAAGGUGGGGAGAUGCCCCGAUACACUCUCUCGCGGCGGGAGCCCUCCUGGCUCCUCGUGAUAUCCACUAUUUCCGCGACUUUGGCUAUCGCCACACGACUAUCCAGCACUGUCCCGCGAAUGCGCCAGCCCGACAGCUGCCGAGAAUCCCUUGGCUAGAAAAAACCACUGAGGAUGAGAAGGAAAGACAAGAAGAAGACGAGUACUGGGCGACCCCAGAUCCUCCCAAAGAAAACGGCGUCGGGUGUCGGUGUCGAUGCGACACCGACAUUCGAGACGUGGAAGGAAAGGAAGGCAGUUGUCUCGCCGAAUGGGUAGAAGUCGCUGGUGGUUGGGCUUCCCCUUGA